GGCAAGGGAAGGGCAAGACGCACAAGAGAGAGAGACGCACAGAGCUCCUCCUCCUCAUCGGCCCGCGACCUAACACGCACGCACUAAACAAACCCACGCGACGGCGGCGUCUCCCCCAUCUCGACCAAAACCCUAGCCCCUCCCGCGCCGCGCCGCGCCGCCUCCCACCCGCCCCGAUCAGCAGCCGCCGACGCGUCAGCCCCUAGAUCGGCGGGUCGGCGCUCCCCCCACCCCACACCCCAGAUUCAGAUUCCGGUGCGCGGAUUUGUUGUUGGGGAGGGCAGGAGAGGGAGGGAGGGAGUAUGGUGGGAGGAGGGAGGAGGGGGGCGGCGGCGGCGGGGGACGAGGUGAAGCUCAACACCGGCAACGUGUUCGCGGCGCUCGAGACUCUCAAGAAGAAGAAGAAGGGCGGGGACAAGGCCAAGGGGGGCUCCUCCUCGGGGAGGGGCAGGGACGGCCGCAAGGCGCAGCCCUCGUCGCAGCAGCAGCAGCAGGAGCAGCAGCAGAAGGAGGUCUUCUGGGCGCCCGCGCCCCUCACCACCAAGUCCUGGGCCGACGUCGAGGACGACGACGACGACGACUACUUCGCCACCACCGCGCCCCCUCGCCCCGUCUGGGGCACCGGCCAGGGUGAUGACGGGGCCAAGGAGGAGGAGGAGGAUGAGGAUGAGGAGGACGAUGCAGUGCACGCGGCCCUGCAGGAGGAAAUAGAGAGUGAAGAUGAGGACCUCGAUGAUGAGGUUGAUGAUGGUGCUGUGGAUGAACCUGAGCACGAAGAGGAUGAUGCCCCUGCUGAAUCAGCUGGUAAGAAAGCUUCAGUUCCAGUUGCACCACCUAAAGAUACAGAGAGGCAACUAUCCAAAAAGGAGUUGAAAAAGAAGGAAUUAGCUGAACUUGAUGCUGUGUUGGCUGAGUUGGGAAUUUCUGGUGCUUCAAGCAAUGCUGCACAGGAUGAAAACAAUGCUGAGAAGAAAGGUUCAAACCAAACUGGUGAUGGAGAGAGAAAGGAAGAUGCAGCAGUACCUUCAGAGAGCAAGAGUUCCAAGAAGAAGAAAAACAAGAAAGCAAAGGAGGCCAAAGAAACACAGGAACCAGCUGAUGGGACAGAGGAGACUGCCAGUGCAGAACCUGAUGAAGACACAACCUCUAUUGAUGUGAAGGAGCGCCUAAAGAAGAUGGCUUCAAUGAAGAAAAAGAAAUCAGGCAAAGACACGGACACGGCUGCAAAAAUUGCAGCUGCCGAGGCUGCAGCUAGGAGUGCUAGGCUUGCGGCAGCCAAGAAGAAAGAGAAGAACCAUUACAACCAGCAACCUGUGCGGUAAAUGGCCGCCAAAGUUUUGAAAAAUGUUCUGAGUUUGAAAAAUCCCCUUGUUCGUUUUGGACUCACAAUAAACUUUUUUGAGUUGUAUUUAUGACCUUGGAGCGCCUUUCUGAGAUUCAUUUCGAAUUCUUAAAGGCCUUCCUGGUCUCAAAACGGUCAUGUAAUUGUGUUUUGAAUCUUUGACCCAGUGGAACUUAAUGGACGGCAUGGCCAGUGAGAGGGCUAAUUGGGUA